AUGGCGGGUAACGCAGCUGUGUUGCGGUGUGUAGUGCCCGCUCACUGUGUAGAAAGAAUCGACAGCACUGACUGGCUCGCAGACAACGACGUCAGUGUGUUGCGGUACUUAGAGAAGAGUUCUACUUGGCCGCGCGUGAAACUUUUCGGGGGCGGCCUCCUCAGCAUCAGUGGAAUACGGAGGGAAGACGCUGGCCGUUUUGUCUGCUGGCUAAACAACACCGUCGGCGGAGAAUCCGUACACUUCACUGUUAUUGUCACAGAACCAAUAUCCGUCCGAAUAAAACCCGAAGUGUUAAGAUCAAAAGUAAAUACUGACGUGAACUUCGAGUGUAAAGUGUCCGGCCAUCCGAUAGAGAUUAUUUACUGGGUACACGACGCUAGAGUUGUUAAGUCUAAUGAGAGAAUACAAUUGUCAGAAGACGGCCUAAGGUUACAUAUCAAAAACUCUCAGAAAUAUGACCAGGGAGUAUAUCAGUGUUUCGUAAGCAAUACCAGGGAUCAAGCUUACGGCAUAGCAGAAUAUGUAAUAAAUGUGACAGAAGAGCGUGGACGGGCGGCUGGUAACCGCUCGAGGCGUACUCCAUACGCUCACAGUACGCACACACAUGACGCGGCUGAUUGGAACUUCACUGGUACAAGAGAAACGAAACCUGAGUUGGUAUAUUGGUUCUCGGAACAGACGUUACAACCAGGACCUAGCGUUUCACUUAAAUGUGUGGCCAUGGGUCAUCCACCUCCUCAAUUCACGUGGCUGUUGGAUGGAUUUCCUAUUCCCACUAACUCAAGAUUCGUGGUUGGCCAGCAUGUUACUUUACAAGAUGACGUCGUUAGCCAUCUCAACAUCAGUAGAGUAACAGAACAAGAUGGCGGCGAAUACGCUUGUGUUGCAAGCAAUACCGCCGGGAAAGCAUUCCAUUCGGCACGGGUGAAUGUCUACGGCCUGCCAUAUAUACGAGAGAUGCCCAAAGUUACAGCGGUUGCUGGAAGUGACUUAAAUAUCAAGUGUCCAGUGGCUGGAUACCCAAUUGAAUCUAUUACUUGGGAAAGAGAUGGUCAAACAUUACCACUGAAUAGACGGCAAAAGGUAUUCCCCAAUGGAACGCUAGUGGUGGAACAAACCCAACGUGGCGAAGAUGCUGGUACUUACACCUGUCAAGCUGCAAACCGACAACGACAUGCCGCAAGGAGAGACGUUGAAGUACAAAUUUUAGUGCAACCGAAAAUCUUGCCUAUUCAGCCGCUCACAAAUUUCCUCAGGGAAGGGAUGAGAGCUGCGAUAUCUUGUCAAAUAUUGGAGGGCGACUUGCCAAUAGCUUUUCGAUGGGAGAAAAAUGGGCAACCCGUGACGUCAUCACCUUACGCGCCAAGUGGCAUAAUCACGAGAAGAAUGGACGAAUACAGCGCCUCCUUGGUCAUCGAACAUAUUACGUCACUACACAGUGGAAAUUAUACGUGUAUUGCUUCCAACGUUGCCGGAUCAGAAAGAUUCACAGUUCCACUUACAGUCAAUGUUCCACCUCGAUGGCGUUUGGAGCCAAAUGACGUGGCAGUUGCUGCAGGACAAGAUGUAACCUUACAAUGCCAAGCUGACGGCUACCCGAAACCAACCAUUAUGUGGAAAAAAGCUGUCGGUAACACUCCUGGAGAAUACAAAGAUUUUAUGUUCGAGGGCAGUUCACGGGUGUUAGAGAAUGGGUCUCUGGUCUUCGAAAGGGUCGCCAAAGACAGCGAAGGUCAUUAUCUGUGCGAGGCCAGGAACGACAUAGGAGCUGGCCUCAGCAAACUUAUCUUCCUGAAAGUCAAUGCUCCAGCUAGAUUUCCAAUGAAGAGCAAAACUGUACAAGUGACCGCAGGAGAGGCGGCUCACCUACAAUGUGCGGCAUCUGGAGAUGCACCUCUAGAGGUAUCCUGGAGAAGCCCUCAUCAUCACACCAUAGCUCACCAUCUAGAUCAAAGAUACACUAUUCGAGAACAAGUUUUGGACGAUGGACUAGUAUCAGAGUUGAGCAUACUACAAACCUAUCGGCAAGACACUGGGGCGCUCACAUGCCGUGCAUCCAACGCGUAUGGACAAGACGAAAUGCUUAUACAUCUUGUCGUACAAGAGGUUCCGGAAAUGCCCAAGAACAUUAGAAUAAUUGAUCAACAAUCUCGAGCAAUACAAAUAUCUUGGACUCAACCGUACGCGGGCAAUAGCCCUAUUAUAAACUACAUCGUACAGUAUAAAGAAGCUCCCGAUUCCUGGCCAACUACACCACAAAAAGUAAUAGUGCCAGGUAGCGUAACAUCAGCAAGUGUUCAAAAUUUACAACCGGCUACUUCCUAUCAUUUACGAAUUAUCGCAGAGAACAGAUUAGGUCAGAGCGAACCGAGUCAGCUAGUUCAAGUAACGACCACUGAAGAAGUUCCAAGUGGCCCACCACUAGAUGUUAGGGUCGAGGCUAAAAGCUCAACUGAACUAAUUGUCAGUUGGGAGCCACCACAAAGAGAUCUUUGGAAUGGAAAUAUACUCGGAUACUAUGUUGGAUUUCAAGAGCUCAACAGCAACAGUACAGUCUUGAGUGCUAGUGGACCAGGUGGCGCGUCAUAUACUGUUCGAACAGUUGAAGGAGCUGGUUCAGCUCGAGCUAGAACUACUCUAUCUGGUCUACAGAAACACGCUGCCUAUGCUAUCGUAGUGCAGGCAUACAACAGUAGAGGCGCUGGACCCGCUUCUCCUCCUACUACCGCCACUACUAUGGAAGACGUUCCUAGUUUACCGCCGGGCUCUCUACAGUGUACAGCUGUAAGUUCUCAAUCAGUACGGGUAUCUUGGGAACCACCGCCAAUGCGUGGUCGCAACGGAGUAUUGCAAGGGUACAGAGUGACAUACGCCCCGGUCACGGAUUGGUAUGGCAACGAGGAAGCAGUUACGAAGCAAAUAUCAGGACUCCACACUACGUUGUCGGGCCUUCGAAGGUACACCAACUAUUCAGUAACCGUAUGCGCAUUUACGGCUGCAGGCGAUGGUGUUAGAGCAGCACCAGUCUACUGCCAUACGGAAGAAGAUGUACCGUCAGCUCCUGCAGACAUCAAAGCAGUAGUAUCGUCCCGUAGCAAGAUCCUCGUGUCAUGGCUACCACCUGCAUCACCCAACGGCAUCCUUGUGGGAUACACCUUGUACAUGAGUGUUAUCGAAGAUGGACGAGAGGAGGGCACCCACAAACGUAUGCUGUCGCCAAGCACGCUCUCACACGAGACAUCCCGUUCACCUCCGCGCGCCACUCACCAGUUCUGGGUAUCAGCAUCCACCCGGCUAGGAGAAGGAGAAACAACGAGGGUUGUUACCGUUCUACCAUCAGAGUCUGUUCCUGCAAGAAUCACUUCGUUCAGUAGGAGUAUAGUGACUCCUUGGAAGGAAAACAUAUCGCUGUCUUGUAACAAAGUUGGGAUCCCCACUCCUUCUACCACAUGGAGUAUGAACGGAGCAACUCUAGAGUCUACUCUGAGGAAGAACGUGACCUCUGAUGGUACUCUCGUUAUCAGCAUGACGCAGUACGCUGACAGCGGUUACGUGAUCAACUACAAGCGAGAACACGGCGACUGGGAGGAGCUUCAAGUGGAGGCGGGAACAUCGGAACAUGUGCUUCCAAACCUGUGGUGCGGCACCCGUUACCAACUGUACAUUACUGCUUUCAACCGCAUCGGCACUGGAUUACCUUGUGACAUCGUGCACGCAUAUACUAAGGGCACAGUUCCUGUGAAGCCAAAACACUCUCAGAUGAUAACCCUGAACACUACUACUGUGACUGUAUGGCUCGAUUCUUGGGGAGACGGUGGCUGCGGAAUACUUUACUUCUGGCGGCUAGUAUCGAACAGUGUACAAGCGACAGAGCGUGUGUUCAGCGUAUCAGGUCUGACUCCCGCCGCUCACUAUCAGCUGCGGAUCACCGCACACAAUAACGCCGGUCACGCCGUCGCACUAUACAACUUUACUACAAACCCACUAAACGGCAAAUCAGGUGGCACAGAGACAGCGGCCACGGAGAGUGGCGUGGGCGAGUCGCCAUCAGUCGCGCAGCUUCAAAACAAAGUGAAUAGAGACCAACAGUAUUUAGCGACACGCGCGCAACACCCCGCUCCACAACAUCACUACAAACAUGCAUCUAACGAAUACAUUGAGGACAUAUGUCCAUAUGCGACAUUCCAAUUGACGAAGCCGACAGCGUACAGUGAAAGCAGCUACAGUGGGAACGUGUACAGUGGGCCUUACCACUCGGUGCGCGGCUCCUUCGUCUACCACGACCUCAAGCAAAAUGACAAAUACAAGGGUAAAGAACCGGAAUAUACUAAAGUCAGGAGAAAAGGAAACAGACUCCGGGAUCCGCAUUCGGAAAGCCAAGAUCCGACAGUGGAGCGGGAAGAGUCAUCAUCAUCGUCGGAGAACUCUGUAGGCGGGGUGGUGCGCAAGGCGUUUCCAUCGCGCAAGGGGAAAGCGGGUGCACUCGGAAAACGGCAUGUUCGUUCCUCCAGCGGAUACAGCAGUCACAACGACGAGACCACCUUCAGUAUAUCUAACUACCCGUCGUUCAACGAGCACAUACAUCCGCCGUCGCGGUUCUCAGACGACACCGAGUGCGAGGGCCAUCACAGACGCAAACGUCACCACGCACCAGACUCCAAGGUCACGCGAGAGGCAUUCCAGAUCAACGUAUGA